GCAGCGUUGGGGGGGAGGGUUCCAGAGGUCGUGGCCGCGGCUGUCAUGCGCCCCGGAGCGUGUGUGGGCAGCGGCGGGCAGGGCGCCGCGAGCAGCCGUCAGUGUGGCGCCACAGCCGCCGCGUGAGUAAGGAAGCACCGCCUCCACCCGCCGCUCCCCGUCAUCAAAUCCUCCAGGCAGCCGCGUCCUCCGCACCACCAGGAUCUUAGUGCAGGACAUCCUCGUCUGUGCUCAUCCUUGAUCGCCUGGCAGCCUCACGGGGCACGUAGGAUUUUCGCGGCUCUAGGACGCCACGAGUGACCCCGAACUUUAGUGUGUCAAGAGAGACUCCGCGCGGGUCCCCGUCAGCAGCGGGCAUGAGGCCACCUCCCGCGGCGCUCUAACAUGAGGAAGCGGAAAAAAGUGUCCCUUAGAGGCUCCACAAGUAGUGCAGCAGGAGUGUGGCGGCGUGGGCGUGUGGCGGGCGUGUGGGUGUGUCUGGCCUCGGCGUGGGCCCUCGCUGGAGGCACAAGGCUGUGGCUGUGAGGUGCAGUGUAAGGGCAUACGUGUCGCGGGGCGUCGGAGGGCAGAAGCCCGUGCGGCGUGUGUAGGUGUGCAGGUGUGCAGGACUGGGCCAGGACGUGAGGUAAACACUAGCGGAGCCGGAGAUCGAUACGCUUGUAUUGUUGAAGAGCGAGUAGUGGCCACAGACGGCUGGCAGCUCCUCGCGGCGGCGGCGGCAGCCCUCCCCCUCACCGCCGCCUCUAGCAGCAUCGACCCGGCCCUUUCUGGCUACCUGCUGCCCCUCAACCACCUGUGGCCCGCUGCUGCUGCUCCCACCUGUGCCAGCUGCCAGGUGGAGUGAGGUCAGGAGCGAGCCAGGCGUGACAACGAGCCGGUGGCUGGCGACAGCUGGGCCCGCACGGUCCCGCCCCGGCCCUUUCUCCCCGGCGUCCGUUGUCGUCCGUGUCCGUGUGUCCGUGUUGUGUCCCCUCGUGGCUCCGUGCCCCGAGACGUCACCUGCCUCUCGACCAUGCCCGCUCCGGCCGUCAGAGCGCCCCCCGGGGUCCUGCCUCCUCCCUCCUUUCUCCCGUGGGCAACAGGAGGCGGCAGGCGGGCGGCGUGUGGCUCCCUCAAGGCCACCUCCUGCGGCGGAGGAUGCUAGGGCGGGCCAGGUCGCCGAGGACACCGGAGGGCCACAGGGCCGCCAACUGAGGCACCGAGUCCCCGGCCGACGGUAUGGUCACCUAGUGUGGCGCGGCUCAGCGGGGUCGAGGCGGGUCGUGACCAGGGCACGCACAGGCUGCUGACCUGACCUGACCCGCUCAUCACAACACCCAGACUGUCCACCCUCAGGCACUGCAAGACAGAGGGAGAGAGUGAGUGAGCGAGAGAUAGAGCUUGGUAGAGAUAGUGAGGACGAGAGAGAGGAGAAAGAAACGUACCUACCUACCUCCCCGCCCCCCACUAGACAGACAGACGCGGGAGGUGGAGUGCACACCCUCCACACCACACUCCGACAAACACUCACUGCCGCGCCUCGUCGUCGGUGUCGCCGUGGCCGCCACAGGGACGCGCCUCGCCCCUCACCCACACAAUGAUGACCUCCUUGCGAAGGACCCACCAGAGGUCAUACUCAGAUGACCUUACCUCGGCGGCCACCCCAACCUCGGCCGAGCCCCCACUCUCACCCCCCUUCUCCCCCGCCACCUUCCAGUCCUCCCCGCCCCCCUCCCCCUCGACCCUACCGGCAAAAGGUGGCGAGGUCGGGGCGUCCCUUGGGUCGGCCUCCGCUGCGGGGGGUGACAGACCGCUCUCGUCGGCGUGGCAGGCGGCGUUAAGCGGGGCCACCUCCAUGACGCAGGGCCAGGUAGAUGGUGCCUCCGCCGCCCCCCCUCAGCCCGCAGACGUGCCCGCCCCUGCUGGGCCCCCCACUGCCGAGGCUCCCACGCACGAGCGGAAGAGGCCGCCCCCCCGCCGGCCAGUGGGCAAACCUCCCGAAAACAGGCCAGCGCGCGCCCUCUUCUGCCUGGGACUCAAAAACCCGCUGAGGAAAGUCUGCAUCGACGUGGUAGAAUGGAAGCCCUUCGAGUGGUUCAUCCUGGUGACCAUCUUCGCCAACUGCGUGGCCUUGGCGGUCUACACGCCGUACCCCAACUCCGACUCCAACGCCACCAAUGCCCAGCUGGAACAAAUCGAGAUCAUCUUCAUGGUGAUCUUCACGCUAGAAUGCUUCAUGAAGAUCAUCGCGUACGGGUUCAUACUGCACCCGGGCGCCUACAUCCGGAGCGUAUGGAACACGCUGGAUUUCCUCAUUGUUGUCAUCGGGCUGGUGAGUGGUGCCCUCGACUUCCUGAUGCAGGGCAAAGGUGGCGAGGCCGGCUUCGAUGUCAAGGCGCUCAGAGCCUUCAGGGUGCUGCGGCCACUCAGGCUGGUGUCCGGCGUGCCAAGCCUACAGGUGGUGUUGAACUCCAUCCUGAAGGCUAUGGUGCCACUGCUCAACAUUGCCCUCCUUGUUAUGUUUGUCAUCAUCAUCUACGCCAUCAUUGGACUCGAGCUCUUCUCCGGCGAGCUUCACUUCACCUGCUAUAAUAAUGAGACAGGUAGCAGGAUGGAGUCACCGCACCCCUGUGACAACGAGACCGCUGGCUUCAACUGCUCCGCCCUUAACUCCGACGGCCAGUUUUGGGUGUGUCGGGACGGCUGGGAGGGACCUAACUACGGCAUCACCAAUUUUGACAACUUUGGCCUUGCCAUGCUCACCGUGUUCCAGUGCAUCACCAUGGAAGGCUGGACGGACAUGAUGUACUAUAUUGCAGAUGCCAUGGGUAACAGCUGGCAGUGGAUAUUUUUUGUGUCCAUGAUCAUCCUGGGUGCAUUCUUCGUUAUGAACCUCAUUCUUGGUGUCCUCAGCGGAGAGUUCUCAAAGGAAAGAGAAAAAGCCAAAGCCCGUGGAGACUUCAGAAAGCUCAGAGAGAAGCAGCAAAUUGAGGAGGAUCUUCGAGGUUAUCUGGAAUGGAUCACACAUGCCGAAGACCUCGACUUGGAGGAGAAAGACGAUAAGAAGGAGUCAGACGACGGGCGCCGUUUAGUGCUGCCGGGCACCAGCAACCGUGGAGCCAUGUCCGUGGCCUCCCCAACCUCCCUUCUGCUCUUCUUGCCUCUCUUCUCUAUGCGUAACUCCAAGGCUGUUGAAGUUGACGCUGACAAGGGAGAAGAGAAUGACGAGGCGCAGCAGCCCUCUUGGUGGCAGAAGAAGAAAAGAGGAUUUGACCGCUUCGUGAAGGGGACAGUUGGGAUCAACAGGCGAGCACGGAGAGCGUGUCGCAAGGCAGUCAAAUCACAGGCCUUCUACUGGCUCAUUAUCGUCCUCGUCUUCCUCAACACGGCGGUCCUGGCCAGUGAGCACUACCAGCAGCCUGACUGGCUUGGUCAGUUCCAAGAUUAUACAAAUCUUUUCUUUGUGGUGCUGUUUACUUGUGAAAUGUUGUUAAAAAUGUACAGUUUAGGCUUCCAAGGCUACUUUGUAUCAUUGUUCAACCGUUUUGACUGUUUCGUGGUGAUCAGCAGUAUCACCGAGGUCGUCCUCACCUCCACGGAGAUCAUGCCUCCACUUGGGGUCUCUGUGCUCCGCUGUGUCAGACUCUUACGAGUCUUUAAGGUCACCAAGUACUGGCGGUCACUUUCCAACCUCGUGGCGUCGCUCCUUAACUCCAUCCAGUCCAUCGCCUCUCUGCUGCUCCUUCUCUUCCUUUUCAUCAUUAUCUUUGCACUGCUGGGUAUGCAGGUGUUCGGUGGCCGGUUUAACUUUAACGCCACAGAGGACAAACCUCGUCACAACUUUGAUAACUUUGUGCAGGCCAUGCUGACAGUGUUUCAGAUCCUGACAGGAGAGGAUUGGAAUGUUGUGAUGUAUGAUGGCAUCCGGGCGUAUGGAGGAGUGGCCACGCCAGGCAUCAUUGCGUGUGUCUACUUCAUCAUCCUCUUCAUCUGUGGCAACUACAUCCUGCUGAAUGUCUUCUUGGCCAUCGCUGUCGACAACUUGGCCGACGCUGAUGCCCUUGGAGACGCAGAAGAGGAAGAGGCCAAAGAGGGGGAGGUGACUGGAGGAGAGCAGGUGGAGGGAGAAGGAGUCAAAAUGGAAGGAGAGGAAGGAAUAGAAGAGGAAGAGAAGACAGCACUCAACCAUAUUGCUAUGAGGGAUGGAGACACAGCAAGCCACACAAAAGUUCACUUAGAAGAAGAAGAGGAGGAGGAAGAGAAGUAUGAUGAAUAUGAGGAGGAGGAGGGAGAAGGGGACUAUGGGGAGACUGAGGGAGAGACUGGAGAAAUGGUCCCAGCUGCCAGAGGCUCCCAAAAUGACAACGGUCCCACUAAAGCUCAACCCAUACCACAAUACUCUUCUUUCUUCAUAUUUUCCCAUACCAACAGGUUUCGUGUCUUCUGCCACUGGAUCUGCAACCACAGCCUCUUCAGCAAUGUCAUCCUUGUCUGUAUUCUCAUCUCCUCGGGCAUGCUGGCCGCUGAAGACCCACUACGCUCAGACUCCAAACGCAAUACUAUUCUAAACUACUUCGACAUCUUCUUCACGUCGGUGUUCACGGUGGAGAUCUUCCUCAAGGUCGUGGCGUAUGGCUUCAUUUUGCACAAGGGAGCUUUCCUGCGCUCUGCCUUCAACGGCCUCGACCUGUUGGUGGUGGCCGUUUCCCUCAUAUCAUUCUCCUUCAACCGCGACCUCACCACCAGAGACGGUGCCAUCUCAGUGGUGAAGAUCCUCCGUGUGCUGCGUGUCCUCAGGCCGCUGCGUGCCAUCAACAGAGCUAAAGGUCUCAAGCAUGUAGUUCAGUGCGUCAUAGUGGCCAUUAAGACCAUCGGAAACAUCAUGCUGGUCACCUGUCUUCUGGAGUUCAUGUUUGCUGUUAUUGGAGUUCAGUUGUUCAAGGGCAAGUUCUUCAGUUGCAAUGAUAGUUCCAAAUCAGAGGAGACCGGGUGUCAAGGCCAGUUCAUCGUGUACCAUGACGGUGACAUAACGAAGCCCAUGGUCGAGAAGAGAUCAUGGGAGAGGAAUUCCUUCCACUUUGACAAUGUAGCCAAGGCCAUGCUCACCCUCUUCACUGUGUCCACCUUUGAAGGAUGGCCAGGGUUGUUGUACGUCUCCAUAGACUCCAACACAGAGGACAUGGGGCCAGUACAUAACUACCGACCCAUGGUUGCAGUUUACUACAUCAUCUACAUCAUCAUUAUUGCCUUCUUCAUGGUCAACAUCUUCGUAGGUUUUGUUAUCGUGACCUUCCAGAACGAGGGUGAACAGGAGUACAAGAACUGUUGCCUUGAUAAGAAUCAGCGGAACUGCAUAGAAUUUGCACUGAAGGCAAAGCCUGUGCGGCGCUACAUCCCCAAAAACAGGUUUCAGUACAAGAUCUGGUGGUUUGUUACAUCACAGCCCUUUGAGUAUGCCAUCUUUGUACUCAUCAUGCUCAACACUGUCUCGCUAGCCAUGAAGUUCCGAGGGGAGCCAGAGAUAUACACUCAUGCCCUGGACAUACUCAACCUUAUCUUCACGGCUGUAUUUGCCCUUGAAUUCGUCCUCAAAAUCAUGGCCUUCAGAUUCAAGUAUUACUUUGGAGACGCGUGGAAUGUCUUUGAUUUCAUCAUUGUACUCGGCAGCUUUAUUGAUAUCGUCUACUCCGAGGUCAAUAAACUAGUGAGCAAUCAGGCGCAGGCAGCAGCUGAGAGCAUGGGCCAGGAGUACUACAGGACCAGAAAGCAAGAGAGCCCACCGGAUUGGCCGGGCUCUAAUCUCUUCUCCAUCAACUUCUUCCGUCUGUUCCGUGUGAUGCGUCUGGUCAAGCUGCUGUCCAAAGGAGAGGGCAUCCGCACUCUCCUCUGGACCUUCAUAAAGAGUUUCCAGGCACUGCCAUACGUUGCGCUGCUCAUCCUUCUCCUCUUCUUCAUCUAUGGGGUUGUGGGCAUGCAGGUGUUUGGAAAGAUUGCCUUGGACUUUGAGAACACUCAGAUUCAUCGGCACAACAAUUUUCAGACCUUCUUCCAGGCGGUCAUGGUGUUGUUCAGAUCAGCAACAGGUGAGGCAUGGCAAGAGAUCAUGUUGUCCUGCUUGCCACCUGAUGCUGGUUGUGACCCUGCCUCUGAAGACUCGGCUGCCAAGACCUGUGGCUCCAUGGUGGCCUACCCAUACUUCAUCUCAUUUUACACCCUCUGCUCAUUCCUGAUCAUCAAUUUGUUUGUGGCCGUCAUCAUGGACAACUUUGACUACCUGACCCGUGAUUGGUCCAUUCUUGGGCCACACCACCUCGAUGAGUUCAUCACACUAUGGUCAGAGUAUGACCCAGAUGCCAAGGGCCGCAUUAAGCACCUUGAUGUGGUCACUCUUCUCAGGAAAAUCUCACCGCCGCUCGGCUUUGGAAAACUCUGUCCAUAUCGGGUGGCCUGUAAGCGACUAGUGGCUAUGAAUAUGCCACUCAACACUGAUGGGACAGUAAUGUUCAAUGCCACGCUGUUUGCGCUGGUCAGAACAUCACUAAGAAUCAAGACGGAGGGAAACAUUGAUGAUGCCAAUGAGGAGCUGCGAGCCGUCAUCAAAAAGAUCUGGAAGCGCACCAACCCCAAGCUGCUCGACCAAGUGGUGCCACCUGUGGGAGUGGAGGAUGACGUCACAGUUGGGAAGUUUUAUGCAACUUUCCUCAUCCAAGAUUACUUCAGAAGAUUCAAGAAGAAAAAGCAAGAGAUAAAGGAGCAGAGUGACAAAGAUGCCUCCAACACAGUCACUCUGCAGGCCGGUUUGAGGACGUUGCACGAAGCUGGACCUGAGCUUAAGCGUGCCAUCUCGGGUAACCUUGAUGAGAUGCGUGAUGACGACAUUCCCACGCAUAGGCGUAACCACUCCUUGUUCGGAUCCGUCUGGUCUUCUAUGAGAGUCAAAGGUCUGCAGCGAACCCGGUCGCUCCGUGUCAACUCUGGUCAGCACUCCAAGACGGGUAAUAUCUUGCACCCGGUAAUUCUGAAGGUCAACAACCAAAUUAUGAACAUGAUUUCCCCAACCAACUCCCUCUCUUACUCCCCGGCUCACUCCAACGAGAAGACGGCGCUCAACCACACCCUCCACAGGCCGCCAACCCCCCUCGAGAGCUCUCAGUCUCUUGGGGAGGAUGAGGAGGGGAUCCCCAUGCGGCCCCUCAGGAUCAUGAAUGGAGAUCCAGAACGCAGAUCCAACCUGGUUAUUAAAGACUUGAGUGACGAGGAGUUGAGUGAGGGGCCACAGCCACCCACACCACCCCCCCGACGAACUUCGACCAACUCAUGGGGUUUGGGCUGCAUUGGGCGCCAGGAUGCACAGUCUCGGAGCUUCAGUAACAUCGCAGACGGGUUGCGUCUGGCCCAUGCACAGGCGCUAGCCGUAGCCGGCAUCGUGCAGCAGUCCUCCUCCUCUUCUGGCUCAGCCCCAUUCAGGCGAGGCCUGAGGGCCUCCUUCCAUGGCCGAGCGACCUCUCACAGUGAGAGCAAUGGGAGCUUGCCUGGGGGCGACCGCCACUCCCAGAGUGUGCCCAGCAGUCCUAGGAGUGUCUCCAGACCAUACUCCGAGGUGGUGGGCUCGGCAGAAAGUCUGGUUGGCAGGGUGUUGGCUGACCAAGGUUUAGGGAAAUACUGUGAUCCUGACUUUGUACGCACAACUUCAAGGGAGAUAGCAGAGGCCUUAGAGAUGACCUCUGAGGAGAUGGACCGUGCAGCCCACAGCAUCCUGUCGGCCUCCCAGCAGGAACUGACCUCUGAGGAGGCCUCCUCUGACCGCCCAUUAAGGGACAGGGGUUCCCGGGGACCUGUCAGACGUCAGAACCAAGAUUCCUCAUAUUAUGACCAUCAAUCACCCUUAUAGAAGUAAUGUGUGCAUUAGCAUCCUGAUCUGUUAUAUGGUGGUUCAUCUGUGUGUUCAAUCAUUCUCUUCCAGCCUUUUUUAAUAUAUAUACAUAUAUACAUAUAUAUAUAUUAAUGCCCUGUGGCACUGCUUGGAGGUCUUGUGAAGAGAUCUCCUGCAGGGCAGUGCUACGAGGGGCAGGAGUCGUGCUGCAGCAGAGGACCUCCUUGCCACACCCACCCCAAGGCCACCUCUGCCCUGGGAGGCACUACUCUGGGCUCACCAGCAAAACAAGGCUUGCUGAAGUAUUAGUUGGAAUGCAAGAGGAUAAGAGGAGGCCAUGUGCUGCCAGGCAUAACACAGUCAAAGUACCUUCAUUUCGUCUUCUGAAGGAAAACUCCAGGACUGUGGAAGCCUCAUAAAAACUGCUAUACUGUCAACUACAGCUGCAGGCAGUAAGCUGAGUGCACAACUUUGCCAUGCUAGCAUGCAGUUGGGUAAGCUCACAUGUGUGGGACAGCUGGGAAUAAUUGAAAUCUAGUUUUGUUGGUUCACUUAGUCUGGUUUAAAAGAUUCACAUGUAGCUUUUGGGAGAUCUGAUGAGUCUGGAGUUCCCUCAAGUGUUGCACAUGAGGGAAGUCACUGGGCACGUGGCUCCUGGCCAACAGGACGCAGGCUCUGAGCACACUCAGGCGCCACACACAUGCACGCACGCACGCACAGGUCAUAUUCCCUCAUAAUCCUCAGGCUAUGAGAACCAGCACGUGGAUAAAACCGUUGCUGUAUAACCUCUACACAUUUGAGUAGGGGUUAACUUAUUAACCCAAAGUGCCUCUCUCAAUUGUGAUAACCUGUUGUUAUUUCCUCUCAAGUUUCAAUGAAAGGUACGGAAGUCAUGUUGCGUCAUCCAUAAUUAUUAUAUCUCUAGCUUUCAUUUUCUCUUAGGGAUUACAACUUUUCCAUGAUUUUUAGUUGUUUCCUGAGUUAUUUUCUGAGCCAGCCGGCUAGAAGCUGGUGUUUGGCCUGCAUAAUUUUCACAUGUGGGUCUUUGUUACUGUAUUGUUGUAGCAGAGUAGCGAUAUCAUCCUGUGAUCCUAGAAACACGCGUGAAUACUUUUUAUCAGAACCAAACACACUACUUAGCCCAGUUACCAAAGUUUAUACUGCCUUCAAAUCAAUUCAGAGAACUUUGCUUUAAAUAUUAAAAAAUUUUGCCAAUUUGAAAUAUUGUAGAUCCAAUUAAGGUCAUGCAGGAGGAACACAAAUCAAGAACAUGCUUAUGAGAAGUAUUUUCUCUUGAAAUAUGCUGAUUGCAGUGGGAAUGCAAAUGAAGGUCAGAAGAGUCAUGGCUCCACCAGGAUUUUGAGACGAAUGCUGACCAGUUUCAGCAUGAUUUGUGUCCCCUGCAACUGGGCUCAGUGGUGUGUGGAGAGGGCAGUGUUUCCAGUGUUAUUUACCUCUGGGAGGCUGAGUGAGGCUGGACGGGUAUUGCACCCGCUGUUAUCUGAUUGGUAUUCAUAUUUGGAAAAGCAAGAUAUGGAAUCUUGUUUUUAAUUUACAUUUGUUAUGAUGUAUAAAUUCCUUUUAGAUGACUCUGUAGGACUGUUAGUUUUAUUAAAAGGAGUAUAAAGUUCGUUGUAAUGUUCAUAGACAUAUUUUUUACCUCAGUGUUGGAGGUUUUGGAAAAUAGGGGAGAGAAACUAAACUGUUUUCCUUUUGUGAUUAUGUAUUUCUAAGAAGCUGAAAUUUCAUAUUUUAGAAUCUUCUUCCUCCGUGCCCUUUACUAAAUCAACACGUUUUCUGGUACACCGCUGAUUUACCGGCUUCCUCACUUCCAAUGCCUUGUCAGAUCACUAUUUUGUCAGACCAGUCAAGGUCAUGUGACUUAAAAGAAUAAAAAAAAUAAUCUCCCGUUUCUUUUCUAUACAUAGUAAACAGUCAAUGAACCAUUACCAUACUCUUUAACACAGAUUACAUCCUGAAAAACAACACAGCCCAGUUUCUUUCAAAAGUUCAAAUUUUUAUUGGAUUAAUAUGGACUUGUUUAUUAUGUGUAACACCUCCACUGACACCUGCAACUCUCUUAAAACCCAUAGUCAGGGUAGAUGUGAGAAGUAAGCUAAAAAUUUCACAAAACUGAGGGAUCAUCACCAUUAGGAGCAGCGAGUAGCGGGCUUUUUUUGUUAUUGUUUCCUUUUUUUGUGCCCUUGAGCUGUCUCCUUUGUUGUAAAAAAGAAAAAAAAAGUUCUACUGUGGAAACAACCCCAUCUGUGCCUGUUCAGUAAACCGGUUUGUUGGUCAUGGGAGUUUCAAGCUCCUCGUAAUUGUGUCCAGACUAAAGCAUUAAGGUGCCAGACUAUCAGUUGCCAGUAAAUCAAUGGUAUACCUGUUUAUAUAUAUUUAUAUAUUGCUAUCUAUUUUUCAAGCCUUAGAAAAACGCAACACUCUCCAAAACGAUCCAGUGCACACCAGUUAUUUAAGAUCAGAUUUGCAAGCUAUAGACAUCUUACCAAUUUAGUUUCGCUCCCCAAUGUUUUCAAGUCCUCAGUGGUGACGGGUGGGAGGCAGUGGGGGCACAGCCGUGGCCCCACCUGCGCCUAGACCCUUUGUUUUGUGUCCCAGAAGAGGAUCAGAAACACCCCAGCAAGUCUCUUCAGGGGCUACAGGUGAAGCAAGUCCUCUAAUCUGGAGAACCUUUUGGACGGAAGUUGAAAGGCAAGAUUUUAACGACAAUAUUUACUGAUGAUAUUGCAGAUGCGUUUUUAUCACGAUAAUAGUUAGAUUGAAACCAUUAUGUUACUUUACUUUCCCUUGGGUAUUUAUUAGCUUGUAAUCAACUUAGGUUAACAAAUACAUCUUCCAAGGUCUCUGGUGCUUCAUGACUUACUCGCAUUCUGUUCUCAUGUAAACAAUGACCAAACAAUCUUUGCUGUUGACAGUUGAAUAUCAGAUAACUUUAAACAGGCAUUCUGGGAUACAGUUGUGUUAUAAAAUUAUAUAAAAAUAUAACCUUUCAUGUUGACUACUUUGUUGGGCUGGGAGGGAGGUGGGUCAGCAGCGGGUUUGAUCCCCUCCUCCCAAUGCUGAAAGAUAUAUAGAGUCACAUAAACUUAGCUUGCUGUGGCAUACUAUAAGAUAUUUUAAAUUUCUAGCAAACAGAGGAUAAUGUUUGUGAAUUUGUACAAACAGUGUUUCAGACUGUAUAUAUCUUUAGCAUUCCCAUAGGUCUUAUGUUCCUUUAUCACCACAAACUGUAAAAAGAAUUCACUUGCUCCCCUCGUGUGAGUGCAGGAGAGGCUGGUUUGACAGAAGAAAAUGAACAGAUCACUCAUUCUAGACACUUCAGGUGGGGAGUCUGCUCUCAACGUUGAUGUCUGAAGUACUUUCUCGGGUUUUGUUAUAUCAGAAGCAUCAUCUCACACACCACAUCAGGCAACCCAGAAAUCCAUCAAACAGGUGUUUGUCAUGCUUUUAAAAAUACACCCAGGCAGAGAAAACUGUGAGUACCUGCCUCGGUGUGAUGCUGUUAUCCACUCUCAAACCCCAGGCAGUAUUCUGCUGAAAAAAUAUUUACAAUAUGAAAGUUACCCACCUUAGGGACUUGGUAAAACACCUGUGAUUUAUCUGAGUUGCCUCAGUUGGCAUAAGGGCUAUGAGGUCCUUCUGUAAUUUUUUAUGCCACUUACAGACUGUUUUGAGUUCCAACGACACUUUGACUGGAGCUCCAUAGACACUGUCAUAUAGCCACUGCAGUUUGUUUAUAAAUUAACUGGUGAGCAAGAGAGAACCACCAGCUCUGUACAGUGACAACAAGCAAGGCCAUUCAGUGCCCCAACUAGCAGAGUGGCCACGUUUUUUACAGUAGUUUUUAUAUGAGGUCAGUAUUAGAUGUGGAAAAUAAUCAUCUUUUUUUCCUACCAAGGAGUAAGUAGCACAGUGUAAACCUUUACAUAUAAAGAAGUGACAAUAUGUCUUACUGCACAAACAUUGUUAUUGUGAAAAUAUUUGUAUGUAUCUCGAGGUGAAUUGUAGUCACCACAGGAUAGUGGGGACUUAUUUUCUACAUAAUUUUACUACUUCAUCUACUUGUAAUUAAAACACACAUAUACUGGGAGAAAGUAAAUAUUGCUGACAUGAGCUGCCAUCCCCAGUGGUGGAGGCAGCAGCUCAGCAGUGACCUUUUGUAAUAAUGAAUUUCUCCAGAGUGACUGCGUGCUCCCCACCCCCUCCUGCCACUGGGAGCACCCAAGUACCCAACAUGUGUUGGCAAAGACCUUUAUGGUUUAUUUCCCAGCAAACUUCGUCUCUAUUUGCAGGUACUCUGUCAACUUUUUAAUAUGUACUGUGUAUCAUUUGUUGAAUAUUCGUAAAGAAGCUCAACUUGCAGAGCGCUGCCGUGUACCGCCAGACUGCGGCUCCUUUGGUCUGCUUCCACGUUCUUCCCUUGAAGUUCUUGAUCAUUAUUUCAUCCACCCAAGAUACUGUUCCCUUACUUUACUGACACUUCUCAAGUCUCACUCUCAUCCAAAAGAUAACUUUGUUUUGCUUGUUAUGUGUAUGUUGGAUCCAGAACUGUGUGGGAGGAACAAUCACAAGUUUACAUUUGCCAAUUCUCGUCAUAAUUUAUACAGUGUUGUAGCAGUUCUCAUUUGGAAUAAAAGCCUAACCUUGUAAUAA